UCCGUCUCUCCAGGGCUGUGGGCACUUCCGGAUUUCUGGUGUUGGCUCUACGGGAGGGUUGCUGAAAUGUUGCAGAAUGGGAGUUUCUGAGUAGCUGUGCCCCCCGGGGUAUACCCAGCGGCGGGCAGAAAGCCUAAGAGUGCGUAGGGGAACUGACUUUAGGCAGAACGAAGCCGCAGGUUCCCAGACACACCCGCUGGCUGUAUCUGUGCAGGCAAAAUGACUGAAUACAAACUUGUGGUGGUUGGUGCUGGAGGCGUUGGGAAAAGUGCAUUAACCAUCCAGCUUAUACAAAACCACUUUGUGGAUGAGUACGACCCUACCAUAGAGGAUUCUUACAGGAAGCAAGUUGUGAUAGAUGGUGAAACGUGUCUCCUAGACAUUUUGGAUACUGCAGGUCAAGAGGAGUACAGUGCCAUGAGGGAUCAAUACAUGAGAACUGGAGAAGGAUUUCUUUGUGUCUUUGCUAUUAAUAAUACAAAGUCAUUUGAAGAUGUCCAUCAUUACAGAGAACAGAUCAACAGAGUAAAAGAUUCGGAUGAUGUCCCAAUGGUUUUAGUUGGCAACAAAUGUGAUCUUCCAUCAAGAACCGUAGAUACAAAACAAGCACAAGAGCUGGCAAAAAGCUAUGGCAUUCCAUUCAUUGAGACAUCUGCCAAAACAAGACAGGGGGUGGAAGAUGCUUUCUACACUCUUGUUCGUGAAAUCCGUAAACAUAAAGAGAAGAUCAGCAAUGGGAAAAAGAAAAAAUCAUCCAAAAGGAAAUGCGUUAUUCUUUAGAGUGAGUGCCACACUAGGGGUUUUGAAUUACAAGAACCUUUAAUGCCAUCCCAUCAGCAAUGUGUUCAAUGCCAGCUUUUUUUUUUUUCUUGGACUUUUUUUUAAUGCGCCGUUUAGAAAAUUUACCAUGAAAUUGAAGAUUUGUCAUUUAUUGUUUUUAACCAAGCAAAUAACAGACUGAGGAGAAAGGAUCUUCAGUUUCAGAGAACUUCUGUCAUAAUGUACAAAUGGUUAUGCAAAGGAGAUUAAUGAACACCCAUGCAGUCAUUUUCUUUUAAAUGACACAAGUUCUAACCUUCCCUGUGUUUCUCUUCCUAGAAAGAGAAGUUUACUGUUGCUGAGUGAAAUUUGCCUUGCCUUUCACUUACAAAACAAUUUAUAUAAAGGUUUUAAGCAUUCAUCAGUAUUUUUAAAGCCCUAUUAUAAAGAAUGAAGAACUGCUUAAGGGUGUGUUUAAGGAAACCGUUGUUGUGGGUAUUAUCUGGAAAUGAGAAACAUACUAGAAAUAAAGUAAAAUUAAAAAGAAGGCUGUUUUUUAUGUUUUAUUAAAUGUCGUACAUCUUUUGAAAAUUAGAUUUGGACCACGUUAAAAUACAGCAUCUUGCAUGUGGUUUGAAGUACAAAGAUCUCUUCCAGAAAUGUGACUAGGAUUCUGCUGCUCACGUGUAAACUAUGACGACAGUCAUAACGUGCUGUGAUGGUACAUUGCAGCAAACACCACUGUGCUAAAAUGUACAAUAAAUAUUGUAUCAACCUUUUAAGAGAUUAUUA